AUGCAUUCUCUUUUUCUCGUUUCUCCAAAUAUGUACUUUGAAAAUCCUAAUAUAUCCAACACAGACAAUUUGAUUGUCCCAGUGGGCCAGGUAUUUGGUUCAAGGAAUGCUCCAUCAUUCUACUGUGUUCUUGCCGACCUACGGGAGGUCUUGGCAACUUGUUGUGUUGAUGUUCCUUUGGACGACUUACAUGCUCUGGUCCGUCAAUGUACCAUUGCCAUUGACACUUCCACUCCUUUGUGCACGGUCCCUGCUGAUUCCCAUCACCCACCGUUGCCUGUGACCAAACUCGUUUGCAUGUACAAUGCUAGCUAUGUAGACAACAAUGCAGUUGCCGCCUUUGCGGAACAUAUCACGCAAGCAAGCAAUCACAGUGUGAUGUCUGCCUUUGAGGUUUUUGGUCAUGGUGAUGCGCGUCGUGGUGACUGCCUCCAGGAACGAAAGUGGGAACCUGAGGUUACAGAAAUCUUUUUGUUUCUAGGAUUUUGUAUCAAUACAUACAAUAUGACGGUUUCUUGGCCAAUCUACAAACGGGAAGGCUUGCACCUCGCAUCUGAAAUUGCACCAUGGGGUAAUUUCUUGAGCUUUAACCUGCAAAAUGUACUGACACAGGCUGCCAAGAACGCCUUCUCUGACAAAAGAAGCUGGUGGACAUGUUCUCGUAUCUACCUGUUGCGUGUGGCAGUUGCCACAAUCCAUCAAAUGUUGGAGACAUUAUUGGCGCCUGAGGACAGCCCACUUUGGUCUUGGCCUAUUGCUUUGUACCUGGAUCGCGACCACACUCAUCGUGCAUACUCCAAUGCAAGCUAUGGUGGCUUGGGUGGUUGGAGUGCCGAUUUCAGUUUCCUUUGA